AUAUACAAGUACCAAUUGUCAUUGAUAGUUAUUUAUAGUUACUGGAGAUGCAUGAAUUAUAAAUACAUGGAAGAUUAUCACAUACACCUGUAUUUAUUCUUGCAUCCUAAUGAAAACACUGUAUAUUAUACUUAAAAAUGUUUCGAGUUUUUCUGUUAUAUUCGUUCGUUUCCUGUCUUAGUGGACAAGAAAACGUCCAAAUCGAUCAAGUACUGAAGGACACUUUCGAUUGCAAGUUUAAAUCUAACAAAACCGUAGGUCUGACAGUGUCUGUUGUCAGAUCAGACAAAGUUCUGUUUGUUGGAGGAUAUGGCUUUGUGGAUUUAGAAAAGAAGACGCCUGUGACAGGGGAUACACUUUUUCAAGUAGCAUCACUGUCAAAAGCAUUCGCAAGUGUUCUGCUUACAAAGCUAAUAGAAGAGAAAACAAACUAUACCUUGGAUACAAGACUAAAGAAAAUUCUACAUGGAAAGGAGAUUUUCUACGACAGUUUAAGAUCCAACUAUGUCACUCUACGAGAUUUGCUGUCCCACAAAAUAGGUAUCCCGAAACAUAAUGAGAUGAGAUUUGACACUGAUCUUACCCGGAAAAAUCUAGUAUCUCGACUUAAAUAUCUGAAACCAGAGGGUGUUUUUAGAGGUAGUUACAUGUAUAAUAGUUUGAUGUAUGGAGUCGUCACCCGACUUGCUGAGAUCAUAGGCAAAGAUACAUGGGAGAACCUAGUAACCAAGCACAUAUUUGAACCGUUAGAAAUGAAUACAUCAACAUUUGCUACAACAGCAGACCUAGAAAAGCUUUUGCUGGCAAAAGGAUACGUCGAAUAUUACGGUGAACUCCAUCCGGUUCAAUAUAACUUUACAAGGCAAUAUGGUGAAAUAGGUGGAUCAGGGUGCAUACUUUCUACUGCCAAUGACAUGUCUAAGUGGACACGAUUCUUUUUAAAUGGAGGAAAGCUUCAAAACGACACCAGAUUGAUUUCAGAACAGGCCUUUAAAGACAUAACAACCCCUGUCAAUACCAUACCAUAUACUUACACCCACAAAUACUUCUCCAUGCCGGAAAUACCAGUCACGAAUAUUCAAAACAACUACGCACUGAGUUGGAGAACUGGAUAUUAUAGAGGGUACAGAAUGGUUGUCCAUACUGGCUCAACAUGGGGAUAUAGAGCAAUGAUAUCUUGGUACCCUGAGGCUGAUAUUGGCAUUUUUGUAGCAUUUACUGGAAAUGAUCCAAAUUACUUAUACAGACUAACAUUACAUAAUUAUAUAUUUGAUGUGUACACUGGUCAUAUCCCAUAUCUAAAUACAUCAACCAUAUGUACUUAUCCUGAACCAUGGUUAAAAUCUGACAUACCAAUAGUAAAACCUAACUAUCCAAAAGACAGAAAAACAACAAGAAAACAAACAGAAUACAUUGGGAUGUAUCAACACCAAGCCUAUGGUAAAAUUAAGAUUGUCAAACACACAAAUAAGAAUAAACUGAAAUUGAUAUAUGGUUAUUUGACCUUUGAGCUCUAUCCUUCAGAAACUAAGGAUGAGUUUUAAGGCGACA